ACUACAGCAGUUUCGCCAGCAUCAUUGCAAGUUCGAUCGGAAAGAGCAGAUGCAGUGCUUCCGCCACGGUGAGCAGUUUCCUGCGCAAGCUGCAUCAGCUAACAGAACUUGAAAGUCGUCGUGCAAACCCUUGAUGUCCAGUCGCAAAAAAUCUUUCAAUUGAGCAAUGAUAGCAUUGCCGGAAGUAAGUCUCAAGGUGGCAUAUUUUAGGUAACCUGAAUCAGAACAUUUCUGACUGAAGGGAUCGUUUGUGGCCAAGUGAUGCCAACAGAGACAGGUACUUUCGAUUCGACAAAGAGAAGUUCAUAGAGUGAAUGCGCGCUGGCUUUACAUAUAUAUGAAUAUUCCAAACCCCUGCUGCGCUGCGGGAAUGAACUUCAACUAAGCUCACUUGUGGAUCACGUGGCAUAUCUAAGUGUGAUCUGAUUGGCCAUGUGAGGCACAUUUUGUAUGAUCAUGAUUAGAUAUUUUGAACCCGAUGUUCCCCACGAUCACUGGGGACAGGAAAGUUGUGAUCUUGGACGGUGGUUUGGGGACCACACUUGAGCAGACUUUCGGAUUGGACAUCUCGCACACACCGCUUUGGUCCGCAAAAGCCGCCGUCGAACACCCUACGGUUAUUGUCGAUGCGCAUCUCGCGUUUCUCCGUGCUGGGGCACAAAUCAUCUUAACCUCCACAUACCAAUGCUCGCCCUCAACGUUUGCAGGCGCCGGAUACGGAGAUGAGGAGGGGGAAAAGUUGAUGUGCAAGUGUGUGUUGCUGGCGGAGGAUGCGAGGGUGCGAUUCCUAAGCGAGACCCACCAGAAUGGUGGUGACGCGGAGCCCGGCCCCAAGAUCGCGCUGUCGCUGGGGCCUUUUGGUGCGGGACUUUCUCCGGCUCAGGAAUUCGACGCGUUCUACCCCCCGCCGUACGGCCCCCGAGCCUACACCACUGCUGGCCCCAAUGUCAAUGCAUUCUCGCCGGAGGAAGGGGAGCUCGAAGCCACCGCGACCGAAGCGCUCGCCCAGUAUCACCUCGAGCGGCUCUCCAUGGUCGCGGCCGAUCCGCGAGCCUGGGCCGCCGUCGACCUGAUCGCGUUCGAGACAGUGCCCCUGCUGCGCGAGAUUCGCGCGAUCCGGAUCGCGGUCGGCCGCCUGGCAGCGCGAGGGCUCCACAAACCGUGGUGGAUCAGCUUCGUCUUUCCUGGCGGGCGGUUCCCCGAGACGGGUGGUGUGACGGUGCGCUCGGUCAUGGAUGCGGCGUUUGGAUCGGGCGCGGGGGAUGGGAAUCUCGGGCGCCCGUCGGCGCUGGGCGUGAAUUGCACCGAUGCAGGCGAGCUGCCGCGCAUUCUGCAGGAGAUGCAGGCGGCGCUCGGUGAGAUGGGGCGGGGGGAACGGGACGAGAAGCCGUGGCUGGUGGUCUACCCGAACGGCGGGGACAUCUACGAUCCAGCCACGCAGUCCUGGAUCGUCAAGAGUGUGACAUCAGGGCCUUCUUGGGCUCAGCGGGUGGGGGCGAUGAUCAAGGGAAUUGAUCUCGGAGAUACGCUCAACGGAAUCGUUGUGGGGGGAUGCUGUCGGACUGGCCCAGCCGAUAUCCGUGAGUUGGGUGAUAUUUUGAAAAGGGACUCCUGAGGUCUUGUUAUCACGAACUCAACCAAAGCCACCGCACUUUCAAGUUGCAGUUGCAAAAGGGACGAAUUCUUGAUCGUCUUGUACAAGGGAUCGCCAAAAGAUUCUAUUUUACCGAGAUGUAUAGGAAAGAGUGUCAGGAUGUGAAAAUGACCAGACAGUGCCACAAUCCGAACAAUUCAUGGCCAACAUCCCAGUUGGCUC